GACGACGAUCACGGUUGGGUUUCGGGUUUUACGUUCGCGCGCUCGCUCCGUACGAAUUUCGCCGUUCGUCGCUUGACGGGGCGUUCAGUUUUCCAGCAGCGCUCGAUGUGUGAGCACAGGCCCGUGAGACUAGCUUUCGCGAUCGGUGCACAUCCCGUCAUUCGUCAGUGUGUUUGCUAACCGUUAGUUGCGCUUUUACGGGCAUACUUAACGAAUGUAUUUUGAUUAAUUUGUAACAUCGUGUAACAUCAGUGUUGAUCAGUGAAGUGUGUGUGUAUGAAGUUAACGAUAUAGUUUCCUGUUCAGGGGUAGCGAAGCGCUCGUCUUCCUUAGUCGUCUUACCGUCCGAGAGUAUGGUGACUGGUCAGUGUGCUUGAAUCAUAACGAACCUCGACGAGGUUGUGACAAAUACGAGUGUACAUAAGCAGUAAGCAGGCUCGGUGCAGGUGUUGUGAUUGUGCACCCGAGCUUCGUCCACAAUUAGAAAUAGGCACCCUCCUGCUGGUACAGGAGAAGCAGCGGACUUUGUAUUUUUGGGGCGACAAGAUAGAGUACUAAGGGGGAAAACACUAUGAAAAAGAUUCGACGAUGGCUGCUACUGUUUGCGGUCAUAAUAGCGCUGAUGGUCCGAGUGGACGGUUUGAAGGCAACGUCGCUGAUCUUCGGACGCGGUCCGGCCACCUCGUCGACGACCACGACCACCAGCACAACGACCGCCGCCACAUCGACGACAGAAGAAUCUGCCGAAGCAGAAGAUGAGGCCGUCGAUCAAGGUGAAGAUGUAGUCACAAAGGCUCCACUUACCGGCAUACCGCAGGUCGAUUAUGUCUGGGAUCCAAAUUUGCCUCGAGAAUUGAAAGGAUACAAUUUGUCCAGUUAUCCCUUCCUGGACUCGGUACCGUCAGAGGAGGACAUUGGAUUUACGUGCGAUCCGAAGCUGCACGAUGGAUUCUACGCUUCGAUCAAGUACAACUGUCAGCUGUACCAUCACUGUAUCCACGGCAUACGGUACGACUUCCUGUGCGCCAACUAUACGGCCUUCGACCAGAAGACCUUCAUCUGCCAUUUUGCGUCGGAGGUGGACUGCAAGAACUCGCCCAAAUACUGGUUCCGAAACGAGCCACUGUAUAAGGCGACCACAACAACAACGGUGAAACCUCCGCCGACAACUUCAACCACAGCCGCCCCGACGACGGUUCCUUCGCGACCGAAACCACUCCGCAAACCGGUCCGGAGAAGGCGUCCGCAGGUCGACUACUACUACUACGAUGAGGACUACGAGGAGGAUUACUACGAGGAGCGCAAUCGACGACGCAAGAAUCGCCCAAGAAACCGACGACCACUGUACGAUGAUUACGAGGAGGACGAGCGGUUCGAGCGGGUACGCUACCGAGAGCGGGAACGUGAUCGCGAUGAGGAUGAGGAAGAUUACGAGGAUCGUCGACCGUAUCGAAUGAAGACACGCACCCGGACCAGUGCCGAUCGACGACCGGUGGUAGAUGAUGAUCGCCGAUACUACGAUGAUCGGCGUCGACGUCCGAUGGCAGACGAUCGCCGGCGUCCGCUGCCGGUGGAUGAGGUGGAAGAAAAGCGUCCAGCAAUGAUGAACGAACGCAGACGCUUGCCAAGACCAACGACCGACCGGCGUCCGGUAGGUGAUGAUCGUCGUUCGUUUCCAGCGGACGCGGAAAGCCGCCGAGGAUCGGUAGUGGACGAGCGAAAAGUGCCGGCCAAGCGUCCACUGUACGAUGACCGACGGUAUCAGGAUGAGGAGGAAGAUGACUAUGACGCACCGGCCCCAUCAUCCUACGGAGCAGGUGGCCGUCGGGCAUCGGACAAGGGCCGGCAGCAGAACGAUGUGGUGACGGUGAAACCAUCCGGCUCGAGCAUUUACGAUCGUCCACGGGCAGCACCACGCAUUAACCGGCCAGUUCCGCUGAAGGAGAAGAGCAAGUACGCGUACGGCAGCUCGGAUCCAGCGAAUGGAAAGCCCUCGAAAGCGUCCACUACGGCGGCACCGUCUGGCGCUGGUUCGGAUCCGGAGUAUUACGAUGAGUACGAGGAGUUGCCUCCAGCUCGGCGCGAUGAUAAGCGUAAGGAGGCGGACGGCAAGCCACCAAGGCCGAGCGCAUCUUCCGACGUGGUGUACUACGACGAUGUGAUUAUUGCGAAGGAAGAUUUGCCUCUCCGCUCGGUGCCGGGAAACGUACGCAAACCGGAACAAACGGAGCGUAUAAAUAGCCGCGAUAAUUCGGAACUUGCCAAGGGUUCGCGUGGUAGUACGAAGCAUCAGCAGCAGGGCCCCGCUAAACCAAGCCGAAACGUGCUACCGGAAACUGUCGAUGAGGAGGAAGAUGCCGACUAUGACGUACCACCAUCACGCCCAACCGUCAUUGCUCGGCCACAGGCGAAUCUGUACGCGAACUUCAAAUCCAAGAAGCACCAGCAACAGCGCGAUACACCAUCGACCGAAAGCGCUAGCACCAGCACGACACGCGGUCCGAUGCGUUCUACCAAACGACCGUUUCUACCGAGCCGUGGAGGCAAUCCGUAUCUAGCGCGUGGUCUUCAACCGGUUGGUGUCGCUAAGCAACCACCGUCCACCGUGGGCGGCAAGUCAUCCGAACCGGAGAAACCGGCACCGUUUCGUAUCGAUAUCGAUGGCAGCACUACGCCUCAAGCGGUGACGGGAAAGCGUAAUCAGCAGCAAGCUCCACCACCACCGCCUUCACCCGCUCCCCAGCAACCGGAGGUCGUUAAUGUGAAGACGCUAGACCAGCUGUACGACGACGAGUACGAUGUGACGCUAAACGAUGCGCUCAAUCCGACGCUUAAGCCACUGACACGUAGCGCACCGCAGAACUUCUUCCGCAACCGGUACGUGCAUCAGCCGGACACGGAGUUUGUGCCGUUCGAACCAUCGUACGCACCGUCCGAGUUCCGUCGGGCAGCAGUGGCCAGACCGCCAUUGCUCUACCAUGGACCGGUUGCCAUCGAGGCGGGUUCGUCCGCCACUUCCCAGCGUCGGGGUGCACACGUGUUCGGCACGUACGAGUACUGAGUGGCCCUUCCAACAGUGACCUACCCUGCUCCCUUCUAUCCUUGCCCCUUCCCCCUGCCCCGCUAAUCCCGCUGGAAAAGAUCUAAUUUAUUUUGUAACCCACAGCUUCCCCCCCCCCCACCUUCCUAACCAUCUCCUUCCCCCCCGUCACGAAACAGACGUUCAUCGAUUGAGGACGUCCGAAGAUAAGUGUGCACACGUAUAGGAGGGAUCCCACCUGCAUCGUCUCAGAGUGCUUCACGACGGCUGACAGCGGUGACAGCGAUUUUCUACCCUUUGUUUUUGUAAAUACUAAUGAACAACUCCCCAUAGCAAAGGAAAAACAAAAGUGCGAUGGACAAAUACUCAAAACAUGUAAA